AUGUUUGUGAGCCACUCUUGGGCCGCAGAUCGCUGGGCAAAGUUUCUGGCAAUGAGCCUGGUCCUGAACUUGAGUUUGGCCGUCAAGGCUACACUGGUUUCGAUUCUGCUUUGUCAAUGCUCCUUGCUGGCCUUCUUCCCCUACUUGCCUGUGAGUGCGAUCUUCCUCAUUGCGAUGGAUGUGCCAGUGCUGGUGUUUUUCCUGGUGCUUUUGUUUGGCCAACAACUAACUUGUGGGGCGUGGAGUCCGAGCAUUUGGAUAGACAAAAUCUGCGUGAACCAGAUGAUCGACUCGGAAAAGGAGAAGGCCAUUGCCGGGCUUCCUGCAUUUGUGGCCAGCUCGUCUCAGAUGGUGGUUCUCUGGGAUCAAACAUACUUCGAGAGGUUGUGGUGCAACUUCGAACUUGCCUUGUUUGCCAAAUGCAGCGGCCUGAAGAGAUUGCGAGUCAUUCCACUCUGGUUGCCCAUGUGGCUUCUGACCACAAUGACGUGCUGCUAUGUUGGCGGACGCCUUGCAGCCGUCGCAGCGGGAGGAGGCCAGUUGGAAGAGCUUGAAGAUCAGGAUGGUGCAAAAGGUGCGGGACAAAGCGCAGCCCUCACCUUCGGCGUGGAGCGCCUGGGAAAGUACGCUGCCGACAGCCUCGGCUUUGUGGUGUUCUUCCUUCCUUCCCUGAUGGUCAGCAUUGUAUCCUUCCAGGCGAAGCUUGACGGUCACAGACUGAUGCUGGAAAGCAUCAGGUCUUUCGACGUGCGAGCUGCGGCAUGCGCCCUGGACAGUGACCGCCUUCAAAUUGAGGCGCAGGUUUGUGAGCUUUUCGAUGGCCUUGAAGAGCCUCUAGUGGCAACGUCCCUUGACACAGGCUCGGAGAGCGAGGCCGAGGUUGCUUUGCCGGUACUGUCAGCCGAGGCCAGGCGAGCCAUUCGGUCUGUAACCGGCUUUGCCGAGGAUGGCCACUGCAUCCAAGCAUUCAACCGCUACGUGCGGGGCCCCCUCUUAGAUGCGAUUUUGGAAGACUUCGGUGAUGAGCUUGAAGCACCAUGGGCCAUGUGCUUGCUUAGCUUCCUUCCUGCGACAUUGUCCUUCGUGGCUUUGACUUUAGUUGUGGCACCGGAUUUCCACAGCUGCGGCUAUCCUUCUAUUGAGGUGUAUGUCUUCUUGAACUACUUGCAGGUCCUGAUGAUGACUCUUUUUAUUCUGCCCCUAGCUCAUCCCAUGUUGCUCCGUGCCAUGGGCAUCCUGGCUACGAGGCUCAGCCCUGGAUGUCUCCGAAGUACGGUCACCAUCGGAACUGGUAUUCUGGUAUACAGCUCUCUCCUGGUCUUCUCAUCUGUUUUGUCCGUGACACUGGAGGGCUUCGUGAUCACACGGCAUCCCGCAUUUCUUGCUGGCUUCCUGCUGUCCUCACUGCUUGUCUUGGUUCAAAGCUGCCGUGUCUUUCGGGGACGGUGCUGGGACUUCCCGCGCUGUUCCUGCCGAUGCUUGGGCCGAAGUCGCUGA